AUGCAGCUUGUCACCACGGGCGCCUUCGUGCGAGCUGCGAGAGCUGCAAAGGUCGCUGUUGCCGGCCGCGCUACAGCUUCGAGAUGGAAAUCGUCCCAGGCACAAGCCCAUGCCCGAUCUGCGGCCGACGAACAGCCGUUUCCUGAACAGUCCGUUGCGGUCUCCAAGGAGGUCGAUCCAGCGAAGACGGCUGCGGAGUCCAGCAGCCAUGCAAGAAAUUCCGAGUUUGAGCGGCGGCUGAAGGAGUCGAGCCAGGAAAACACAAUCAUUCAUGACAGUGGUCGGUCUGGAGCGAAGAUCCUGGGUGCUCCGUUCAUCUUCGACGAAACGUCCAACCUCUCCAGCUCCAUCCUGGGCCUCGUCGGCCGCAACCUCUACGAGCAACCUGACCAUCCCAUCUCCAUCACGCGAAAACUGAUCGAAUCAUGCUUCGAAGAACCCACCUUCAAGCACUUCGCCAUGAACAACCCCGUGGUCACCGUCACGGACAACUUCGAUACUCUGGGGUUUCCCAAGGACCAUCCCGGCCGUUCGAGAACCGAUACAUACUACGUUAACUCAACGCACCUCUUGCGUACACAUACCUCCGCCCACGAACACAACGCGUUUUCAUGGCUGGCACAAAACACCUCGAGCAAAGGCUACACUAUCUGCGCCGACGUCUACCGCCGGGACAGCAUUGACCGAAGCCACUUCCCUGUCUUCCACCAGAUGGAGGGUGCGCGAGUCUGGCCACCACAGGAGAAUCGCGCCGCCGUCAUCCAACGCGACUGCAACGACAUGCCCCAAACGAACCUUCUUGUCGAGGACCAAGCCACCGAUUUCUCCACCGACGCGAACCCCCUCCAACCUGAACAUAAUCCCGAAGAAGUCCACCUCGUCGCCCGCCACCUCAAACUCAGCCUCGAACAAGUCAUCCAGCGCAUUUUCCAAGCCUCACAAGCUUCCUUACCCUCCACCGCCCGUUCGGACGCCCCGAUGCAAGCCCGCUGGAUUGAAGCCUACUUCCCCUUCACCUCCCCAUCCUUCGAACUCGAGGUCGACUGGAACGGCGAGUGGCUCGAACUCCUCGGCUGUGGCGUGACCAAACAGUCCAUUCUCGAGAAGGCAGGCCUGACAAACCACAUCGGCUGGGCCUGGGGCGUGGGCAUUGAACGAUUCGCCAUGCUGUUGUUUGGGAUCCCGGAUAUCCGUCUUUUCUGGUCGACCGACCCGCGGUUCCUGAAACAGUUUACCCGAGGCAAGAUUACCAAGUUUGAACCCUUCAGCAAGUAUCCCGCCUGCUACAAGGACAUCGCGUUCUGGAUCAACGCCACACCGUCCGGGUCGUCGCUGGUCGGUGCCUCAUCUACCUCUGGCGUGGCGGCCGCUGCUGGCGGCGACGCCACCAAGGCCUCCCCUACCGAGACCCAACCUGCAGCGUUCCACGAAAACGACAUCAUGGAAGUCGUGCGCGACGUGGCGGGCAGUCUGGUCGAGGAUGUCAAACUCGUUGAUGAAUUCGUGCACCCCACGAGUGGUAGGAAAAGUCUCUGCUAUCGAAUCAACUACCGCAGUCUGGAGAGGACCUUGACGAACGACGAGGUCAACGGCUUGCACGACGAAGUCGGCAAACGGAUGGAGGGCUUGUUCGGGGUGGAGUUGCGAUGA